AUGUCCUUUCGAGCGAUUCGCUGGCUCGCCUGGGUCCCGCUCGUCGUCGCCCAGGUCAAUCAGCAGCCUCCAGUUCAUGGCGCUGCCUCGACCACUACAUCCAGCUCUGUCGCGACGUCCAGCGCUUCAAGCUCGUGGCUUUCAUCGGAGUCUGCGACACCCACAUUCUCUACCGCUUCAGCGUUGUCCACUAGUAGCGACAGCUCGCUCGUUUCUGCUUCAUAUUCUGAUGUCACCUCAAGCAUUUCUGCUGCAUCAACUUCUUCCGCAUCAGACGCUUCGAUUUUAAGUUCAACAGUCUCAUCUGCUUCCGAGUCUACCGUAACGUCACUCUCUUCUUCGUACGUUGCUUCUCCAGCCACAACUACUCGACAUAUUGUUCCUAUCUCGUCCUACACUUUCUCGCCCUUGCCCUCUCCAACUGGUAGAAGCGGGAUCCAGACGGACCCACAUACUCCUCCGGUCGUGGGCGCUAACUAUGUGCCGGACUAUUCUUCUGCAUGGACAACUGCAUAUACUAAGGCAAAGAACCUUGUUGCUAGACUGACAUUAGAAGAGAAGGUCAAUGUAACAACUGGCGUCGGUUGGGCAAUUGGUCGAUGUGUGGGAAAUACCCCCGCAAUCCCAGCCCAUAACUACCCUGGAUUGUGUCUUGAAGAUUCCCCUCUAGGCGUUCGGUUUGCCGACUACGUGACCUCUUUCCCCACUGGGGUGAAUGCUGCCGCGACAUGGAACCGGCGUCUCAUUCGUCUUCGGGGGCUGUACAUGGGUCUUGAACAUUACGGGAAGGGUGUUAACGUUGCUUUGGGCCCGAUGAUGAAUAUCGGGCGAGUCGCACAAGGCGGUCGCAACUGGGAGGGUUUCGGCGCUGAUCCAUAUCUUUCCGGAGAAGCCGCGUACGAAACCGUUCUCGGGUUGCAGGAGGGUGGCGUUCAAGCGUGUGCCAAGCACUUGAUAAACAAUGAGCAGGAACACAAACGGACUCAAGAAAGUUCUGAUGUGGACGACAGAACGCAGCACGAAAUUUAUGCACAUCCUUUCAUGAGGAGUGUCAUGGCUGGUGUUGCCAGUAUGAUGUGCAGCUACAACCUGGUCAAUGCUACUUAUGCAUGCGAGAACGACAAGAUCAUGAACGAUAUCGUCAAAAAGGAGUAUGGUUUCCAAGGAUAUAUUAUGUCGGACUGGCAGGCCACAAUGUCGACGAUAUCUGCCAUCACGGGCCUGGAUAUGACCAUGCCAGGAGACGUGACGUUUGACUCUGGCGAUUCCUACUUUGGCGGGAACUUGACAGCUUAUGUCCACAAUGAAACCAUACCUGAAACGCGUGUUGAUGACAUGGCGUCUCGUAUCCUCGCUGCAUGGUAUUUCCUACACCAGGACGACCCGACUUUUCCAGAUGUCAAUUUUGACGCAUUCCUCCCAGAUAACGAAGCAACUAACGCCCAUAUCGACGUUCAAGACGAUCAUUACAAGCUUGUUAGAGAUGUUGGUGCAGCUAGCACUGUUCUUUUAAAGAACAUUGGUUGCGCCCUACCGUUAAAGAAACCGAGAAGCUUGGUGUUAAUUGGCACGGAUGCCGGUCCAGGAAGAGUCGGGCCUAAUGGAUUUGCGGACCAUGGUGGGGAUGAUGGAACUUUGGCUUCGGGUUGGGGAUCAGGAACGGCGAACUUUACUUACCUCAUUACUCCUCUCGAAGCGAUUCAAGCGAGAGCUCGGAAGGACCGAACCUCUGUUUCAUGGGUCUUGGACGAUUUUGACCUUCCUCGUGCGGGCAAUGAUGCUAUUCGAAAGUCUGCUGCUCUCGUCUUCAUUAAUUCUGACUCUGGCGAGGAUUACAUCACAGUAGAUGGGAAUGAAGGUGAUCGAAAAAACCUUACGGCGUGGCAUGGGGGAGACGAUCUAGUCCUGGCAGUGGCUGCCCAGAAUAACAACACGAUCGUCGUCGUUCAUAGUGUCGGUCCUCUGAUUGUUGAACCCUGGAUUGAACAUCCGAACGUUACUGCUGUGCUCUGGGCCGGUGCUCCCGGGACUGAAUCUGGCAACUCGCUCGUAGAUGUAUUGUAUGGUGACUGGAACCCUUCUGGACGUCUUCCCUAUACUAUUGCCAAGAGCGCCGACGACUAUAACGCUCCACUGAUAACUGGUGGAACCGAUGAGGAUAUCCUAGACAUUCCGUAUACUGAAGGGUUGCACGUCGAUUAUCGUCAUUUUGAUGCUUAUAACAUUGAACCUCGUUUCGAAUUUGGCUUCGGACUGAGCUAUACCAACUUCACAUACACUAAUCUUCUAAUUUCUAAGAUAUACGGACAGUUUGCGAACAGUGCAGAUGCGAUCGCUUGGGAACAAGGAAAUGCUACAACCCUAAGUGUAGGGUCUUCCACUGCCGCUUGGCUCCAUGAACCUGCAUACAAUGUCACGUUCAGCGUCCAAAACACUGGCUCGGUUUAUGGCGGCGACAUACCGCAACUGUACUUGCAUCACCCACGAUCUGCUAGAGAGCCUCCCUCAAUCCUGAGAGGAUUCACUAAUGUUGAAAUGCUACCUGGAGAGACUGUCACCGUGUCUCUCGCUCUUUCUCGGUAUGACCUGUCCAUCUGGGACGUUGAACUGCAGGGUUGGAAAAAGUCGUAUGGUACGAUUGGAGUGACUGUCGGCCGCAGUUCGAGGGAUGGGAAGCUCCAUGGAAAAAUACCGUAG